AUGUACUUUUCCGUGAGUACGUUACAACGGAAUACACAGAUUUUCACCUUCCCUAUCCUUGAAAGCUUUGGAGCGCGUGAUGGUCCACAGUCGCUGAUCUGCAUUCGGCCGACGACAUCGUUCCGCUGUUCGAGCACCAUCCAGGCCUACGACGCUGCUAUCAAGUCGUGCGAUUCCGUGCUUUUUAAGCACCCUCAAAACUUCAAAGCAUUGUUUCGGAAAGGGAAGGCCUUACUUGAGCAAGGCGAUGUGGAUGAAGCCAUUCCUAUACUCAGAAAGGUACAUGACAUGGUUCCCACAUCUUUUUUGGUUGAAAGUGAGCUACGUCGGGCACAGGCAAUCCAGCACAAGGAACGUGAACGUUGGUCACGCGCUGCCAAUCGAAUGUUUCCUCGGCAAACGGAUUCCCGAAACGGAAGCUCCUCUCCCACUUCGCGAAUCAUUUCCGUUUUUAGUGCAAACCACCUGAUACGGAAAUCUUGUAAGCGGUAUAAAUGUGUGUGAAGAAAUAUUUGGUGUAGUACCGUCUCCGCACACUACAGCCUAAGCGUUAACCCUGAUCAGUAUGGUCACUCACAGUCUCUCUUUUGGGUUUCUAAUGUAUUCUAAAAUAAUUUGUGCUAGGCAAAGUUAUAUAAAUGAUUUCACACCCCUGCACUGUCGAUACAACAUCAGCAUGAGGGAAUCUUCCUAAUCGCGUCAUUUUACUGCAAAAUUCAGAACCCACUGUCAGCCCAUAUGGAGUUAGCGUCGAAUCUAUCGCAAUUGCUUCAAGGUGCUUUAACGAGAUUGAUAUUCCGGACGCCUAAGGCAAAUUCGAACUAUCAGAUUACAGCGCUUCAUAUCUAGCACGGAUUAGGAUGUAGGAACCGCAGUGAGUGCUGACGUUUCUGUGCUCAUAUACGCUUUCAUAAAUAGGUGGCUGAUUUCUACCUACGACUGGCGAAAUAUUUCGAGGCCAACUGCUAAUGCACCUUCAUUCUUUUCGGAACAAUAGUCACGGAUCAAGUGCUCGGGAGAUAGCAACACCGAAACUCUUCACUUCGGUGAUGACCCCAAUGGUUUUAUUGGUAGAGGUUCACUUCAAAGUCAACCGAGACCACAAUUGGCAUUGUACGUCGCAAUCCAAGACACC